GAAGGUCGAAGUUAGAAUCGAUAGUUUAGAAAAUUCUAAAACAUCGGCAUUGAUCGGAUUGUAUAAUUUUUAUUUGCAAAAGUUGUAUUGGCAUGGCCUGUGCUCGGAAACUUCUUGUACGCGUCUUUAUGCAUAAUUCUCCUGCCGUGACCCGGUGUAUUGCCAUGUCAGCUACUCGCCGCGCCGAGGAGGCCGUCGAGAAGUUGAAGGAGGGCAAUCCCUAUUACUCCAAGUAUGCGGACAAAAUAUCCAAGCUGCAACAAACCUCUGCGGAGGAAUUUCUGGACCGCGUGGAGCGAGUGGUUAAUCCCAUUAAGGAUGGCAAGAGCCAGGCCAGGUCCUACUCUGAGCUUCUGAACCCCAAAACGAAGUUGGAUGAACAGAAGGCUGAGCUGCCACACAAGAAGCUAACAGACAUCAUGAAGUUGGAGUUGAUUGCCGACAAAAGCGCCGAGGAGAUAUCCCAGAUCUGGCUCGAGUACCACAAGACUAAGGAAGUGCUGGCUGCAACUCUGACCACCGCCCAGUACGAAACCUUGAUGGCGAGGGCAAAGGAAUACCCAGUUUUCUUGUUGCCGCUACCACGCAGCGAGGGCUUCGAGUUCAUCAUGCUGCAGUUUGCGGCCAACACAGUACACUUCACCCCACUUCUGGCCUACCAGGUCCACCACGAGAACGCUCCUGAAUGCCUUACGCUGGUGCACUACACCGAGGAGCAGGACAAGGGCGUAGUGCUGAUGCGUGGAGAAUACGACAGCAAGGUGCUUACCGCCCAGGAGGCGCAGUGCUUGGCAAAUGAACUGCAAAUGUUUUAUUUGAAGGCGGACGAAAACAAGCUGCGCUUGCUCGAAACUUUCACACGAAAACCGGACGAGUUCAAACACAUGGAUCUCAUCAAGGAGGUGGAGAACAUCCAGCUGGGCUAGGCCAUGAAAUUGUUAUCAAAAUAUAUCUUAUACACAAACACCAA